ACGCACACGCGCACGCACACGCACACACGCGCGCGCGCGAACAGUCUCAUCUUCUCUCAGUGGGUCUUUGUCAGUCUUUGUGUGCAGAGUGGAGCCUGUGUUGCAGUUUCACACAUCAGCACAGAUGUUUUCAGUUUGACGUCCUCCUCCGACUCGUCUGAGUUGCCUGCUGUCUGCAAAGCGGUUUGAACUGCCCCAGCCCCAUUCCACUGCAUUCCUGUUCAAUACUGAACUGAAGAUGGUGACACUAAGGAGAAUCCUCCAUGUGAAGGCAGAUGUGUUGUGCACGAUGCUGCUACUCGUGCUAUUCUGUCUGCUGCUAUAUGCCCAUCAGGUCGUGCUCUCCUCUGGAUGGGACAUGCCUGUGUGGAAGCUGGAGAUCCAUGGCUCUACCAGCUCCAGUAGGACAUUGCUUGGCGCUAGCAGAGCCAAAGCAGGCCAGGAGUCUCCAGGGAUCCCAUCUAACCCUUCAGAACCACAUCUGCCUCCCUGCAAACCCCAGUCCAAGUCCAAACCUCCUCAGUCCAAGGUCAAACCUCCUCAGUCCAAGGUCAAACGUCAGGUCAAAUCUAAGGGGAAUUCCAAGUCUCUACGGAAAAAUGCAGUCCCGACCGCUAGCAAGCCCCUGCCUACGUUGCCACCAUUUGACUUUGAUGGCUAUCUGAGAGAAAAGGACAACAGAAACUUUAAGCUGCUCAUAGACCAGCCAGAGAAAUGUCACAUUGGAGGAGCGGAGGAGGAGGAAGAAGGAGAAGGAGGAAUUAAAGGGACUUCCACUGCUCCCUACAUGCUCAUUGCAGUGAAAUCUAUCCCUGCAGAUUUUGAUAAACGUCAGGUGGUACGUCGGACCUGGGGUAAAGAGGGACUCUUUCAAAAUGGUGUGUCCAUCCGGACUGUUUUCCUGCUGGGGGUGCCCAGGAAUCGGACUGCUCUGCCUCUCUGGGAUCGGCUCAUGACCUACGAGAGUCAAACCUUUGGGGAUAUCCUGCUUUGGGACUUUGAAGACACCUUCUUCAACCUGACGCUGAAGGAAACACAUUUUCUCAAAUGGGUUAACAGCAGCUGUCCUCAUGUCAAAUUCAUCUUCAAGGGCGAUGCUGAUGUUUAUGUUAAUGUAGAGAAUAUACUAGAGAUGCUACAAGGUCAAAAGUCAGACCAGGAUCUGUUUGUAGGUGAUAUUAUUAUCCAUGCUAAACCAAUUCGAAGGCGCAAUUCCAAAUACUUUGUGCCAGAGUUUGUUUAUGGAGGAGGUUUGUACCCAAAUUACGCUGGAGGAGGAGGGUUUGUCAUGUCGGGACAUACAGCUCGGAGACUGAGCUCUGCCUGUCAACAGGUGGAGUUGUUCCCCAUUGAUGAUGUCUUUCUAGGAAUGUGCCUCCAGCUGAUUGGCGUCAAACCAUCACGCCAUCAGGGCUUUCGGACCUUCGGAAUUCCCCGGCCAUCUGCAGCACCCCACCUUCAGACGUUUGACCCCUGUUUUUACAGGGAACUCAUGGUUGUUCACAGCCUCAGUGUUCCUCAGAUCUGGCUUAUGUGGAACCUCCUGCACGACCCCAGACUGAGCUGCCACAACAGGACGCGUCAGACAUCCUGGCCCUUUAAGUGGAAGGAUAAGAUGGGAGAAACGGCGGGAGAAGAGAAGGAUUAUGUUGAUAAGCAGGUGUUUAUCACACAUUAGUGACUCCUUGCAGGGCCCAUUGGGAUCUGCAAGAGCCCUAGUGAGGACAGAAUGGUUAAAAAGCAGAAUCUUUGGCCAACUAGAAAGGCUUGCGAUGUCUUCAAAAGCACAGUUGAGUCAUAUGAGACUUUAUCCAAGAUGGUAGAUCGUCUUUGGGGAAAUGAAUUGGCAAAGGUCUAAUGUGCUUCAGAUUUUUCAGUAAGGGAAGAGAAGAGAAUUUGGGCUUUUGCCACUGAAGCCCAUCUGUAUGAUCACACAAUGAACAUACAGGCAGCAAGACCUUGAUUUACAUAGAAGAUUGUGAGAAGACUAUUGAAUGUGUAAUCUUCAGAAUGUAUUGUGUUAUAAUUGUUUACUCAGAGACACAGUAAGAUCCACAAGGAAAACAUAACUGACGUGUGGUUAGCUGGUUUAACCCCAUCCAAGCGUGAAAGCAUCUGUGUUUCUGAGACGUCAGCAUUCGCAUAAUAUACCGACUCACAUCAGACUGGUGUGGACAGCCAAGACUGGUAGAGAGAUUUUGUUGUGUUCUCACGGUGAAGAGAUGUUUUUCACUCCAUUGAGCCGGAUUGAGGUACGAAUGAACAGUUAGAUUAUCUGUUCCCUGGAGAAACAACAAACGAAGCCAAAAUGGGAACCAGCUGGGACCAUAGCACACGCAAAACCUCGAGUUAAUGUUUGUGACAAAGCCUGACAUUUGAGGAGUCAGGCCUGUGUACUUUCAU